ACAAAGUCUUUUAGUUUUCAUUUUAUUGAAAUUUAAAAAAACAUCCCAACAUUUCCAGAAUUCGGGUUGUAGACACUUUAUAUAAUCUUAUCGCUCUACACAUUAAACCAGACAGCGGUAUUGUUCAAAAUCACAGAGCAAUUAAAUGAUAUUCUAUUGAAACAUACUGUAUAGUGGCCGCAUCAGUUUAACAUUUUUGCUGGGAACAGUGACAGGAUGUCACAUGUACAAGCAACUCAAUAAAAACUCCAUAUAGCUGUUUCAUGUGUGAUGCGAAGACUGUAGCAAUUUUGUAAUUAUGGACAUGUGGGUCUACAAGAUUCUUUGGUCUCAUUAUUUUUUAGAUGUGUUUUAAGAUUUUACUAUGACAAAUGCUACAUCUCUGAGUUUAAUUUGAUGGUAUAAACAAAUAUAUCCAUGCAAGUGGAAUAUAAACAGGCAUAAUUACAUACUAUAUCUAUAGGAAAAAACAUGCAAGUUCCACAUGAAAAUUUUCAGUGUGUAUCAUAACAUAUUCAGAGACACAGUUUUGGAGAAGCUGCAAGUUGCAGUACAACAUGGCGACAUUAGCUUUGUUGAGGUUACUUCAUAUUUGAAUGACUUUCGAAUGUAGUUUAUUUUGAAUAUACUGUAGAAAGAAGGUCAUUUGUGUUCAUCUAUUGUGGUGACUUUUGUACCUUGACAGGCAGUUUUAGAAGUAAUUAUAUUUCAUUGUAGUUCACUGAUUUAUUUCUUUGCUGACAGUGCUGCUUAGUCUUUAGAUAGAAACUUAUUUUGAUAUUCAUGGCUGUGAUUAAGAGAGAUUGGUUGCCAUCACCCUAUGAUUUCCUGUGGGGACUCGUGUAUAAAAAAGGGGGUCAGAGAAUGGUCGGUACUCUCUGUUGUUUGCGACACCAGGGUGUAGUCUUCAGAAACCAAAGAACUGUGGGGUGAGCGGUAACCGAAGCUGCAUAAGGUUAUGUAAGCAAAAGGGGUUCACUUCCAGUUCUUCUAGAUGAGAGCAACUUCAGCAAGUGAUUGACAUGCCAUUCAGCCACCAAACAAAUUUAAGAUAUAAGCCAGUAUUACAUAAGACGUGGAGAAGCCACAAAACUUAAACAAAAUUGCAGUUGACUUAGCAGAUUCUCAGGGGCCAAGCCUCUAAAAAACAAUGUAAACUUAGCACAGAAUCAUUUCGAAUCCAUCCAACAGCACCACCCUCACAUUGCAUGCCUUGUACUCAACUUAGUUGCCGGCUUCCCAGCCGGUCAUUUCUGUUCCGUUUUUUGAUGAAGCUGGAAUGUAUCCAUAAAACAUUCCACAAGCAGAAAAAGGCAAAAGAACAUAUGUCAAAAUGUCAGGGUGUAGCUACUGUAACCUUAUGGCGGCUCAUGGAUUUUAUAUGUUGUUGGGCAACUAAAUUUAAAGAUAAUUGCUAUGACAGAGAUGAAAGCAGAGACACCCCCUCCCCCACCCCCAUAUACAAAUAUCCAUAAACAUUUUCAAGUUGUCAUUAUCAUCAAAUCUGUAAUUACAAGAAUUGGUUUCUUCAUUAAGAUAUGGCCAGGACACCUGUAAAAAUGACAUUCCUGUGGCACAUUAUUUAAUGUACGAUUUAUUUACAAAGUACAUAGCACAUAAAAGUAGAUCCACUUGUCCAUUAAGAUCACUUUAAAAAAACAUCAACAUUUGCAUCUGAUGAAGUGUGAAAGUUUUUACAUUUGUUGGUUAACUUCCUCGAGAAAUUAUGAGCAUCCCAACCAACCCAACACAGCAACAAUGGCUCAACCAAUUGCGCGAGAUUGGGGUGGGGCUAUCUGUUUAUACAACCAAUAAAAGAUGGUGGAGUGUUUGAUUAUAUUAUAUUGAUUUAAAUGCAAUUUUGUUUGGUGACACUAGGGGCGCACAAACCACGCAUGUCACGUUUCACUUGUCAGCUAUGCGUUAAUGCAAGAACUUGUCUAUUCACAAUAUGAGAAUAUAAUAAUUAAUAAAAAUUGAAAACUAUUUGAAGUGAAAGAUGGGUGUUUUGAUCACUAAAUAAAAGAAAUUAAAUUUACAUGUACAUUCUAUACUAGAUCUUGCGUGAACAUGUGACUUGCAAAUACACACAGGAGGGAUUUUUUUACCAAAACUGAUUGGAGAAAUUGGUAAAUGAUCAAUGAAGUACAUGGAAUUUUUGCUAACACUCGAGUGCUUUAGUAAGUGUAAAAGUGUACUGCCAUUGUGUUGAAAUUACCCAACAUUCUUUGAAUGAUCUAAUUUUGUGUUUUGUAGAAGAAUUAAUAGGUGAGGUUGAGUAGGCCUAAUUAUGACUUUAUUUUUGGGUGAACUAUUACUUUAAAAAGCAAUGCAUAUUGCAUAAUGAAUAACACAUUCAGUCCAUCUGCGCAUGAUCAAACCUCACAAUUUUGUUGUCAUAUUUUUGUUUUAUGCACUAUAAAUAAUGUAGAUUAAAGGAUGCAUUGCACAUUCUACUGGGCUGGCAAAGAAUUCUUUCAAAUUAUAAUUGUUUCGUUGUGGCGAAACAUGUUUCAGCCAACAUUGCAUCCAACAAUGGUUUUGAAUGUGUCAGGCUUUGGUGCUCAUCGUGGCUUAUUUUUAUUACAUCAGUUAAACAAUGUACUGUAAUUGCCCUGCUUUAUGCCAUAAACACUGUUUAUGAUGUAUUGUGAUAAUUCCAUGGAUGUACAAACUGCCUUGUCAGUAAUUUUCUCAGUUAUGUGUGAACAUAAGUGCUAAUUUAGAGACCAAAAUAAAAAAUAUCUGAGGGUGUGCUUAACUGCAUCUGUAACAUAAUCAGCAUAAUGUACAGUGCCAUAUAGACCUGUCCAUCCUGAAUGAGAGGAAUUCUCGUGAAGCAUUGCAGCCUGCAUAUAAUGAUCUUUUGCAUGAGAGUGAGUAAUUUUUAUGACACUUACAAGCCAGCAACCUAUUAAAUUAGCUCAUAGAUGCACUAUACUGUUGCUAUGGCAUGGUUGAAAGUGUUCUCUUAACUUGUCAGAAGUCAAUAUGAGGGCCUGCACAUGCAUGCUUGGCACGGGAGAAAAGACCAUUAUGGGGUACCGCAGUUUGAAAAAAGAAUAAAAAGAGGAAAGAAAGUGUAAUAUUUUUAGUUCCAAAUUACAACGUUGUAACUGUUGCUUUGCUCAGCCGACUGUCCGUGGACUGGAAUGGCAUGAUGGGAGCGCAGCCACUGCCAAACUCCACCCAGGUCCCCUCCCUCCUUCCCACUGCCCUCUCCGUGCUUCUCAUCUCCCCUCUAGGCACUAAAAUCGCACUAAAACCUGGCUCCACCGCCCCUUAUUUCUGCUUUUCCCUGUCCCUCAGCUUGGUCUCACCGGCAGUGGCAGUGAAAGCCACUCUUAACUCGAGGUGCGGUGAACCACUUUCAUUAGUUGCAAGUGAAAGAGAAAAAGACAUGUCAUCGUAAUGGAACCCUUCCGUCGGGCGUGAAUUUUUGAGGAUUGCACAACAAUUCAUCUAAGCAAACCUCCUUGAUGUGACACCAAGGUUCACAGAGUGGAGAAAACUCCUCUAUAACCAUUCUGUUCAGGUCAUAUGAGGUUUUCAAUGGCGUCUGCUCCUGCAUACAAGAUUUGAUCACGUUACAUGCUUUUUGUCUGUCAAAACCAAUAAAGAAGAAGCGUUGCAAAACUUCCACCUAACGCAAUCACUCAUAUGCUUUCUCUCUGUAUAAUCCUAAAAUAUGUUCUUGCCUAGCUAAAAGUCUUUGCAAGGAGAUUUAAAAAACAAAGUUUUAAAAACAAAUGUAGUCAAUUUAGUCAUUUACCUGGAAACGGUGAAGUGUUUUGAGUCUGAAGUUUGACCCUAAGUGUCCUGGGUACAUGAUCUUCCACUACUCUGUGGGCACUGAAAGUACACAGACACAGAAGUUUGCCAUCUGCCGUGCCAAAAUACCUGGCAACUGAUGUGAAAACAACACAAGAAUCAUUUGUCUACCCUAUGUUUGAGCUCUGAAGUUUAAUGAUAAUUAUGCCAUUUUAUAUCCUUGCCACAAGCUCCUACAAUAAAUUAGAUAAUGUCUACAUCUCUUUACACCUCUUUUAAAGCAAGCAAAGGAGGGAAAAGCCCUAUUUUAGAAAUUACGAGACAAAUAACUCAAAUUAACUACAUGUAACAGAGAAUCUCAAGAUCCCAGUUAAAUGGUUGUUUAAGAUUCUUUAGAAGCCAGUUCAUGAUAUAACUACUAUUCUUGGAAAGGAAACUGGCUUGCAGCAAUUGGAAGUCUGCAUGAGUAGGUUUAAAUGCUUGUUAGGAGAAAGAAAAAGUGGUGAAGUAACAAGACUGGCUGUAAGUAGAAAGUAAAGCUGUAAGUUUUAAUUAAGUACACCCAUAAAAUGUAUUUUUAAACCAAUGCAUUUACUCCUAGCAAUCCAACUGGUUUUGAAGUCUUAAUAUAUACUCUCUUUUGUUCUUCUGAAGACAUUUUAGCAGCAUCUAAGCCACUUCAGAUGAUGGGGGAGGGUAUGAGAGGGUAUUGCCAAUUUGAACGCCUUGCAUGUAAUUGACGAGAAAGAAAUGGCACUCUUUAGCAGGUAUUCCAUGUCCAUUUUUAUAAGUAAGGGGAGGGGAUGGUGGAGGAUGGAUUUCAGAGGGCUUGCUAUGAAGAGCCUCAGGAUUGGUGGAUGGCGUUGUUUGGCAUGGCCCCCUGCCAAGCACUUAUGUCUUUAUAUACUGUAAACAGAUGACCGACCAGUCCCGAGUGUGUCUCUGUGUUCACCCUCUCUUUCUGGCUCUCUCCAUCUUCUCUUUCUUCCCUUCUUCAUCUUUUCUGUAGACAUUCGCUGCAUCUGUACACCCUCAAGACUUUCUCUCAACAAGAUCGGGCAAAAACAGCAAACACAUCCUCCUCCAUAAAAACUCUUGAGUCACUUUUCGAGAAACCGCCAGUCAAGCCUUCAGCUGUUUGUAGUGUCGGCGUGGGAGAAAGAAACCAUGUCUCAGCAGAUGUUGCUCUUGACGGUGGUGUCCAUGUGGCUUUUUGCCGGGUACUUUCUGGCAGAGGCAACAUAUUUGAACCACCAUAUGUACAACCGCUACCGUGCGUUCAAUCACCAUGCCAACAUGGACAAUCAGCUUCCUCCAGAGGUACCUGUGGUGAAAGAAGCAGUGGCCCCUCGCCCGGUCAACUUCAGUCGCACCUUUUAUGGGAUCAUGUUUGAUGCUGGCAGCACCGGCACCCGUAUCCACAUUUACAGGUUCAUUCAAAAAGACCCAGUGGAGCUUCCAGUGCUUGACAAUGAGAUGUACCAUGCCGUGAAGCCCGGACUGUCAGCGUAUGCGGAUAUGCCUGAAGUGGGUGGAGAAACCAUUAGGCAGCUGCUAAAGGUGGCAAAGAAGACGAUUCCCAAAGAGCAAUGGAUACAGACACCUGUGGUUCUGAAAGCCACUGCCGGCUUGCGCCUACUACCUCAAGAAAAAGCCAAAGCCCUGUUGGAUGAGGUCAAAGAAAUUUUUGAUGACUCCCCUUUCUUUGUGCCAAACAACAGUGUCACCAUAAUGAAUGGCACCAAUGAAGGGGUCUUGGCAUGGGUUACAGUAAACUUUCUCACAGGUCAUUUGUAUGCUAAAACAAGGAAAACAGUUGGGAUCCUGGAUUUGGGUGGAGGUUCAACUCAGAUUACUUUCCUUCCUAAGUUAAAGAAAACUGUGCUGACUGCUCCUCCAGACUACAUUGCCAAAAUCAAUAUGUUCAACAGCACUUAUGCACUGUAUACUCACAGUUACCUUGGAAAUGGACUAAUUGCUGGCAGACUGGCAACUCUUGGUGCUCUUGGUGCUGAUGGUCUGGACUGGAAAGUUUUCAGAAGUUCUUGUUUGCCCAAAAAAUUCAGAGAAGACUGGAGCUUUGGUGGACUCACCUACAAAGUCAGUGGGACCCCAGAUGGUUACGCUGGGUACAAGUUGUGCUACCAAGAGGUGAUGCGGGUGGUGAAAGGGAUUGUGCACCAGCCCUUUGAGGUCAAGGGAAGCAGCAUCUUCUAUGCCUUCUCCUAUUACUUUGACAGAGCUGUGGAGUCUGGUCUCAUUGAUGGAUCUCGUGGUGGUACUGUGGAAGUCAGGGAUUUCAAAAAGAGAGCCAAAGAAGUGUGCAACAAGAUGACUAAAUACCGCCCGAUCAGCCCAUUCUUGUGCAUGGACAUGACCUACAUCACGUGCCUACUGAAAGAGGGAUUCGGCUUCAAGGAUAGCACUGUUCUGCAGCUUACCAAAAAGGUGAAUAACGUGGAGACAAGCUGGGCACUCGGCGCCAUCUUCGAUCAUUUCCACAAUCUCAACAUUCAUUAAAUCCUGCAGUCUUGUGGAUACUAGCACAGGGGGCAAGCAGGUGGAAAUCUCACCUGGUCAAGCAGUCUCCCCCCUUCCUCCUCCCCUAUAACUCCAAAGUGAGUUUCAGAUCUGUCCUGCACUGCAGCCCUGUAUCACAACGCUCUCCUCCCUCACCAACUAAACAACCAGAGAACUGUUCACAAAGAAAUCACUAUAUUUUUGUAAAGAUGGCCAGGCCAGUCUGCUAUUUCUACUGUAUGUUUACAUUUUUUUUUUUCCAGUUGUCAUCUCAGACCCAUUCAAAGCUCUUGAUUCAUGCUGUUGUGCAGGAUAUUGUGCAGUAGGAAAAAAACUUUGUGUUGAGUAGUGUAUCUUCCGUAGCUUCUUCUACAGUAUUCUGUUAUUAGUAGUGCUUGCACAGUAGUGUAGUGCUGUUUUAGGUUAUGGUGAAUUAUAUUGAAAUUUCCAUAUAAUGCCUCUUCAUCUAGCACGUAACACUUUAACGUAGCUGGUAGAGCUACAGCCAUUGGUCUAUGUUUUAGAAAGUUGUUUGGGAUCAGCAGCUUAAACUGGGGAUGACUGGACAGGAAUAGGGAUUAGAACAAAUAUAGUCACUUUACAUGGGCACAUGAAUGCUGUUUUACAUAUAAAUGAAAAAUGCUUGUAUUUACACAUAUCUGUUUGAAUGGUAAGUUGUUUGAGUCAAAGUGGAACAUUUUCUGAUAGAUAAUGUUUUCCGUGAAAUUCUAUAGGUGCUUUUUUGAAACCAAGACCUAACCAGGCAUGGUUUUUAACACUGAAUGGCAUGCAGUUUAAUACACUUGCACUGCAGCCAUUAUCAAAUAUAGGUAUCCUAUAAAUACUCAAAUAACUACUGGUCAGAGGUUAUUAAAGUAGAUUACAUUACUGUAUUUAAUAUGGUUAUUUUUACAACAACAUGCAAACAGAGUUUUGAGGACCUUCAACCUCAUUUAUGUCUUUAAACUUGGGUUAGUUAUUGUGGAUGGUUUUAAGUAGUUUUAGGGGGUCAUUAUGUGGAACAGUGUUAAAACAUUCCUGUUGUGUGUAUGCAGAUGCUCAGGUGUAAUUGGGCAGAAUCAGGUCAGAUUUUGUGUUAAACAUGACAGGUGCAUAUUGCUGACAGAUUUAGGAUCAGUGUCAGAAAGCAACAGCCUUUGCUCACUUGGCAGUAUCAUGUUAAGUGUGUUUUGUGAAUUAUUGUACAAAUAUUUAUUACAUGGAUACUUGCUGAAUAUGCAGUAUGGCGUUGUUGCAUUUCUUGUUAAUCCAUCAGCUUCUUUAAAGCAGCUUCAGUAUAUCUUUAUAUGUAGUUUUUCUAUGACUGUAUAUAUACAUCAGUAAUGUAACUUUUUUUUUUUUUACCAAUUGUGUUCAAUGUAUGACAUGAAAUUAUCAUGUAAUGCUUUGCCAUUAUUAGAGGUAUUCUCUACAGCAAAUGCUAUAAAUAUGCUUUCCAAUUCAGUGUUGUGUAUGAAGUGAUAUUGUACAUGUAUGAAUAAAAUAUAAAUAAAAAAUCUUGUUGAAAUAAACAGGACUCAAGAUAAAAUACAUUAACUUGCAAUCUUAUCAAUUCUCCUUUAUAAAUUCAACUUGAGGUAAUCUUGA